CAAAAUGGGUUCCAGAAGAUUACAAUAUUUUCUAAAUUGUAAUUUGUUUUAGUGCAAAUGAUUUUACUGUUUUUUUAUACUUAAAAAGUCUCAAAAUUACAAAUGACCAAUAAGAAACUACCACCGCCGACUCAACACAAACAAUUUGAAUUACUCCCAAAAAUCAUAAAUGGGGGUAUUGCAGGGAUUAUCGGCGUUUCUUGCGUUUUCCCCCUUGAUUUGGUUAAAACAAGACUUCAAAAUCAACAAAAAGGACAACGCAUUUAUACUUCCAUGUUUGAUGCUUUAAAGAAAACUUAUAAAUCAGAAGGUUUCUUUGGGAUGUACAAAGGUGCAUCAGUUAAUAUUCUCCUAAUAACCCCUGAGAAAGCACUAAAAUUAGCAUCAAACGAUUUUUUUCGUCACCAUCUUGAAACGAAAGACAAACAACUUCCUAUUACUCGUCAAAUGUUAGCUGGUGGUUUAGCUGGUUUUUGUCCGAUCAUAGUUACAACACCCAUGGAGUUGUUAAAGAUUCAAAUGCAGGAUGCAGGAAGAGUUGCUGCUGCAGCACAUGCAGGUGGAGGAACAUCACUGAAAGUAUCUGCAACUCAAAUCGCUUUAAAUCUAUUAAAAACGAAAGGAGUUUUUGGAUUGUACAGAGGAACAGCCGCAACAAUGUUGAGGGAUGUUACUUUUUCAAUCAUUUAUUUUCCACUUUUCGCUACUUUAAACUCGUUAGGUCCAAGAGCAAGUGAUGGAAGCGAUAAAGCUGUUUUUUGGUGGUCUUUUCUUUCUGGUUGUUUAGCUGGAUCAACAGCAGCUCUUUCUGUUACUCCUUGCGAUGUCGUCAAAACACGUUUGCAAUUGUUAACUCAUGUACAAGGUGAAAGAAGUUAUAAUGGAAUUGUAAAUGCGUUUAUGAGUAUACUAAAACAUGAAGGUCCCAAAGCUCUCUUCAAAGGUGGAGCUUGCAGAAUGAUAGUGAUAGCACCACUUUUCGGAAUUGCUCAAAUGAUUUAUUAUUUGGGGGUCGCCGAACAUCUUUUAGGGUACAUCUAAGAAAAUCAUAAAAAAUAUUUCUGAGAAAUUAUGUAAUUAAAAGAGUAGAAGUAAA